CCAGCACCCGAUGGCAUUCGUGGUCGGGAUACGGCGGCGAGCGGCGAGCCUUUCGCGUUUUAUUUCGAAGAGAUGUCUGGAGGUGUCAUCAUUCGCGAACGAAUGGUAUUUCGUUCGCCAUCGUUACUUCGCGAACCGUGACACGUCGCGCUCGCGUAAACGCCCAUGCUAAAUUUACCUUGCGUGCAGAAGCCGUGCGAUGCAAUCUUCUGGUUCACUGUCAGCUCCGGGCUUGUCGUAUGUACGCGCGCGUAUUUUGUGCCACGAAACGAAAAGUUCCUUGUGUUAUUACGCGACCGUUUCGAUUUUGGAAUUUAACCCUUUGACAGACCCUUGUGCCCGCUUAACUGACCAGCGCGUAUAAAAGAUUUGAAGUACUCCUGACCGCCCAGACGAAUAGUGAUUGACAGUCGAAUGGCAAUCCUGCCUGGAGCAACAAAACAGAAGUUUCAAAAAAAAAAAUGCAGCGAGAAUAUGUUGUGUUAAUCAUUUUUUGAUAGAAUCAGCAAACGAUGUCGCUUAAAAGCACUUUAGUCCCUGUUCCGGGAAAGAGUUGAAAGUUAACACAUUAUACUUUCGAUUAUGUGGAGCAAAGCGAAUAAUGGAGAGCCGCGAAUAACGGGGAUAAUAGCAAUCCGUAAAGCAUGCGGCGCUUUAAUAAAAUAUGAGCAGAAACCGUUGUGUAACCAAUUUAUUCAUAGCUAUGUAUACGCACAAUAUAUGUUAAUGCAAUUUUUAUAUCUUUAGUGUUAUGUUAUAUAAUAUUUUUAUCUUUAGAAUUCAAUAUUAAAUGUUUAUUUUAAACGACUGAUUAUUAGUCGUUUCGUUAGAUACUUUUUUUUAUGUAUCUCGUUAAACAGAUUUUUUUAUCUCUGCUUGAUUUUUAUCUUCGAGCUUAUUGAUUUUCGAUAAUCGAAAAUCUCAUUACCGCCGAGUACUGUUGCAGUUCACCUUUUUAGAAAUAGUACAUAUUAAAUUUCUUUUAUAGAAUUCAUACUUGUGUUUAAGACUUGUGUUUGAAGAAAAACAUUUGUAUAAACCGUAUUGUUUCUUGUGUAAACGUACAGUAUUAUUAUAAAUAUUUCACAAAUGCUGUGUUAACUUUCAGACAGUUUGUCAGUUCAUAGUGUACUUUCAUACUUGUUUUUUAAUUCCAUUCAAUUUUGGCCAAGGACAAUUUAAAAAAAUAUCUAUGUAAAAGGUAAAUUUUAAUUCUGUAGAAGUGAGUGCUCUAUAUAUACGCUCGAUAAUUACCAUACCUAUUAUCGUAAGUUCUGUAGUGCGCAACAGGUUUUAGGUCACGUUUAAUUCUAUACGUUCAUUUUAUAUAGCUAUCAGGUCGUAUUUAAUUCUAUACAGUCUACUCUUCAAUUUUACGCAAUUGCCGUGAAGGUCGACUGUUAUAUAAGAAAACGUAACAAUUUAAAAUGUCAUUAAAGAAACGAAAUUAAAGGAAUUUUUUUCGGAUCGGAUAUUUAUUGCAUAUCGAACAGCACGUAAAAAUGCCAGACUACUAAAGCUGUAGACGAUGAUGUCAUCAUUGUCAGUUCUUUCUCUUGAACAAAAAGUUUGCAUCGUGGUAAACGAUAUUUUAACGUUGAUGAUAAGCCGCGCCUAGGCGGAAGAGUCUCCGAAUUUUACAUUCGAAAUCCUUGCAUUCCGCUCCCUCGUGACUACGCGAAAGAGACGACUCGGUUUCGCUCUUGACAUUUCUCGGUGAGAUGUCAGCUAACGCACACGUCUACCAACACGCACAUAGGCGAAUCGCAAACUACUGCUUGCGCCGAAAGUGGAUUUUUCUGAUCGCGUUGACUUCGUGCGUCGUUUUCAUCGUAUUUCUCACCAGGCAUCCGUUCAUCGAGAAUGACACGACAACACGCGAUACGUACCUGGAUGAUGUACCCGCAGAUCUAUAUGAAAAAGUAGCAACAUAUUUUCUCGUUACAGUGUUUAACACAUGGUACAACUUUUCCAAUGGUGAGAAAUGGUAUAACAAGAAGAACACAUCCGCCUUGAGCCCGGAAGCCUUUCACGAUUUACUGAGUGAUGUUCGUCAACAUUGGAUAAUAUGGAAUCACGAUUCAGAGGAAUCGUAUGCGCUUCAGGAACCAGAUGUGGAAGAUCCAUCAAUGGGACAAUCAUCUGCGAUACGCGAAAUUUUCAAUAAUAAGAAAAAUGGAUUUUUCAUAGAAUGUGGCGCGUACGAUGGCGAAAUACGUAGCAACACGUUGUUUCUGGAGCGAUUUAAUGGAUGGUCGGGUCUGCUAAUAGAAGCGGAUCCGAUCAAUUUCACGAAGAUGCUGCAAAAGAACAGAAAGGCCUAUCUCUCGCCGACGUGCAUCAGCAUCACUAAAAGCCCCAUAGUGGCGUCCUUUCUCAUGGCUAGAAACGUGGGCCGUCUACAUGAGCGCGAAAACACGACGAAGAAUACACCUACGAACACGCCUGACGUAGCCCACACGGGCGAGCACAUCCGCGUGCAGUGUCUCCCGUUGACAAUCUACAUCGCCGCGUUGGGAGUCAAAACGAUUGAUUAUUUCAGCCUCGAUAUCGAAGGCAACGAGAUCGACGUAUUAGAAACGAUACCGUUCAACGAGGUGGAUAUAAAGACCCUCUCUGUGGAGUACAUACACAAUGCAAAGGGGCAAAAAUACUUGAUCGAUAUGAUGGAUCGUAAGGGAUAUUACGUUUACAGUUUUGUGAAGCAUCCGGACAACUUGGCGAACGAUAUCAUUUUUGUUCAACGCAAUAUGACGAUGGAAUACGGAUAGAUGGAAUUACAUACAGAGUCUGUAAGAGUGAUAUAAACAUAAUCUUCCUAAAUAAUUAUUCUAAGAAUAAUCUCUGAUCUCUGGAUAUUAUUAGAAUAAUUUAAUUAAUAAAAAUCUCUUUGACUACUAGUCAUAGUUGUAAUAGUGAAUUGCUUCCGUCGAGAAAUUGAUGUAUUGUACAGACAAAUAUCAUAAAUUGUUAAUGAAAACAUUCUUUAUAUUAUACAAGAUAUUUACAAAAUUAUAUUUUUCUAACUAUACUUUUUGAAUAAAAUAAAGUGUUUCUUUUUCUAUUUA